UUAUGACAUUUCUCACAAAAAAAAUAUACGACAUAGUACGAAAUCGCGUGUAAUUCGCAUGGGAAGAAAUUCUAUAAUCCUUUAGAUCGGUUUGCGAAUAUAUAACUUUAAGCUUCSGUUGUUAUACAAACCAAAAUUAACUUUUGUCUACCGCGAAACAAAAACAUUAUUCCACGUGCAAUAAACUUACUAAUCAAAAUACGCUAACAAACUAGAAUGCCAGCUUUGCCUAGUGGAGCUUUUGGCCAAGCACAAGGCCCAUCAUGUUUUGAUAAAAUGAAGACUGGAUUCACAAUUGGCUUUUGUGUGGGCAUGGCAAGUGGUGCACUCUUUGGCGGCUUCUCUGCGUUGCGGUAUGGUUUGCGAGGACGCGAGUUAAUCAACAAUGUGGGAAAAGUGAUGUUGCAGGGUGGAGGAACAUUUGGUACUUUCAUGGCCAUUGGUACCGGUAUUCGUUGCUAAAAUAAAUUAUUUUGUAAGGCAUGCAUGACAACGACAUGUCCAACAUAUUUUCGGGAUUUUUACGUAAUACUAAGUUUUGAGUAAUCAUUUAAUGGAAUUCAUUUAGAAGUUAUAUAUUAUAUGUAUAUUAAACAUAUAAAAAUUUUGUUUUUGAAAA